CGGCUCUAUGUAUCAAAUACAUCUUACAAUUGAAUGAUUCAGUAGUAAUUUGAAACAUUUUAGAUCAUGGCUAAUGUUGAUCUGGCUGUCUACAACCUUCUUGAAACAUUUUACAAGCAUUCUGGCAAAGAAGGGGUCACCCUUACGCUGAACCAGAAAACGCUCACAAACUUACUUCAGCAAGAGCUGCCUUCUAUUGUACAGGAUGCCACUCUGGCCUCCACAGACACAAACAGAGAUGGAGAAGUUGAUUUUGAAGAGUUUAUAACUUUCCGAAAUGAAAAUACUACCACCAAGUGGGACAGAUACAUCCGAGAUUUGUUAACAGGAAAAAGAUGGCCAAAUCUUUUCCAGCCUAAGAAUAAACUGUCCAAUGAAAGUGACUCUGAAUGCAGUUCAAUCCGGGAGAGUAAGCAAGAUGGAUUUGGAAGGAAAGUGAAGAAAACUUUAGGAAAACUACUGUUUCUCAGUCAUCAUCAACCCCAUGAAAAAUUGAAGAAAUGUCAAGAUAACACAUUCAACAGGCCAACUACAACAAAACACGCUGGUAUUAUUGGAAAAAAGAGUUUCCUUCCAAAGAGCUUUAAGGAACUACCAUCUCCAAAACUGUUCACAAAAAUGAAGCCGAUGGUUGAUGAGAACGAUUAUUUGAAUAAAUAUAACACUGUUAAAAAGGAUACCAGAGGGACAAAGACAACGGAUCCCAAGCAGUUUUACAAGAUAGAAGAGAAUGAAAUAUGCACGUCAUUUAAAGCCCAUCCACACCCAACUGGUUUGAUUUUACACAAAUAUAUUGCUCAUUUUUAAUUGUCAUAAUAAUUCCCUAUUUGAUGUGAAUUAUGAUCAAAAACCAUAACAAUAGGGUUACAUUUUAUAAGUACAUUUUAAAUUGCCAUAUAUGUGAAAUUAUCUAUCAAUAACUAAAGUUUAA